AAAUCUUGAAAAACAAACUAAUAUGGAACCAGAUUUUGCCUUGGAUAAUUCUAAAUUUGAUGAGAAAUAUGACAAAAAACUUGUUCGUCGUAUUGAUUUAAUUACAAUUCCUAUAGCUGUUAUUUUCUAUCUUUUAUCAUAUCUUAACCGUACAAAUAUAGGAAAUGCUCGUCUUUCUGGCUUAGAGAAAGAGUUAAGGAUUUCAGAGAAGCAGUUUAAAUUUUCUUUAACUAUAUUAUUUAUUCCUUAUAUUCUUAUGGAUAUACCUUCAAAUCUUAUUAUGAAAAAAAUUAAACCUAAUAUAUGGUUACCAUCUCUUGUUGUUUCUUUUGGAAUAAUAGGAACAUUUCAGGGACUUAUUAAAGAUGUAAAUGGAUUGUAUAUAUCUCGUUUCUUUUUAGGAUUAGCUUCAGGAGGUGUUUUACCAGGUGUUAUUCUUUAUCUUUCAGGUUGGUAUAAACCUCGUGAACGUCAACUUCGAAUGGCUAUGUUUUGGUCUUCUAGUAUUAUAUCAAGUACAUUUGGAGGUUUUAUUGCCGCUGCUCUUGAAACUAUGGGUGGAUUAGCUGGAUUAAGUGGCUGGCGUUGGAUUUUUAUAGUAGAAGGAUUAAUAACCGUAUUUUUUGGUAUUUUAGGGUAUUUCAUGAUGCCUCAAGGAAUUGAAAAUACGCGCUUUCUAACUAGCGAUCAAAAGUAUUGGGCAUCUAAAAGAAUCAACUUAGAAGAACAUAAAUCUUCAGUAAUUAUAUCACAUCCUGAUACCGGGGAAAUGCCAUAUGAUAAUAAACGUUUUAAAUGGUCAUACGUGACCUCUUGUUUUACAACAUUCCAUAUAUUAUUAUUAGCAUUUAUUGCAUUUUCUUCCGGUCUUAAUAUUUACUCUUGUGCAUAUUUUAUGCCAAGUAUAAUUAAGUCAUUUAUUGGAGCCGAUAAAUCAAUUGAAAUAAUACAAUUGUUAACAAUACCUCCAUAUUUGAUCCCUUUUGCAACUAUAUUACUUACAUCUUACUAUGCAGAUAAAAAAUCUCAACGAAUCUAUAUAAUAAUUAUCUUUAAUAUAAUUGCUGUUAUUGGAAUGGCUAUUGCAUAUUCUAACAUUAGUCCUGGUUUCAAUUAUUUUUCCAUGUUUUUUAUAGUUUGUGGUAUAUAUACGAUUUUUCCGCCACAUCUAGCACUAGUAAGUAAUAAUGUGGCGCCAUAUUAUAAAAAAGCAACUGCAAUAGGAUUUAUGAUAGUUAUGACAAAUAGUGGUGGUAUAUUAUCUUCUUGGAUGUUUAACAAAAGUGAAGCGCCUAGAUAUGCUAUGUCUUAUGCUAUUAUUCUUAUAUUAACAGCUAUUUCUGUCAUCGUUGCUAUCAUUUUGAGAUUUUAUUAUGUUAAAGAGAAUAAAAGAAAAGAAAAAUUGUUAGCAGAAAAAAAAGAGUCAUUUAAUACUGUGGAGGAAUUUUAUAAGGCUUGUGAUCAAGGAGAUAGACAUAUUGUAUUUAGAUAUUCAUUAUGA